CUGCCGCGCGCAGGCGGCGAUCUUGUCAGGGGCGCGCCCUGUCGCCGUGUCCCCAAGCCCUUCCCCCGCCCGGUUCUCCGGCCCGGUCCUCCAGCCCGGCUCCCGGCCCGUCCUCUGCCCGGUCCCCCGCCCAGUCCCACCCCGUCCCCGCCCCGUUCCCCCGGCAACACGCGCGGCCCGCUGGGCGGGGUUCCGGGGAUGAGGCGGCGGCGGCGGCGCGUCGAGACGAUGCUCUGCAGCUGAGGAGACGCGGCGUGACCCGCGGGAUGGCUCAGCCGGCCGGCCCGGAGGGAGGCGAGGGGCCGCCGGACCCCGGGGCGGCCGCGGGACCGCAGGACGCGCUGAGCCUGGAGGAGAUCCUGCGGCUCUACAACCAGCCCAUCAACGAGGAGCAGGCGUGGGCCGUGUGCUACCAGUGCUGCGGCUCCCUGCGCGCCGCGGACGCCGGCCGCCGCCAGCCCCGCCGCCGCUUGCGCUCGGCCGCGCAGGUCCGCGUGUGGAGGGAUGGCGCCGUCACGCUGGCGCCCGCCGCCGAGGACGGAGGAGAGCUGGGCCCCGCCGCCGGUAAAUUGGGAUAUUCACAUUGUACAGAAGCAGAGGUUAUUGAAUCUUUGGGAAUUGUUAUUUACAAGGCGCUGGACUAUGGCUUGAAGGAGAAUGAAGAAAGGGAACUAAGCCCUCCCCUGGAGCAGCUCAUCGACCGCAUGGCCAACACGGUGGAGCCCGAUGGCAGCAACGAUGAGGGCUACGAGGCUGCAGACGGAGGUCUGGAGGAGGAGGAGGGCGGGACGAGGAGGACCACGGCCGUCCGCUCGUGCAGAGACGUCAUGCAGUUAUGUGCUGCUCACCUGCCGGCUGAGUCAGAGGCACCCAGUCAUUACCAGGCGGUAUGUCGCGCACUGUUUGCAGAGACAAUGGAGCUGCAUACGUUUCUGACUAAAAUUAAGAGUGCAAAAGAGAAUCUGAAGAAGAUUCAAGAGAUGGAGAAGAGCGAUGAGUCUAACACAGACCUGGAGGAGCUGAAAAAUGCUGACUGGGCUCGAUUCUGGGUGCAGGUGAUGAGGGAUUUGCGGAAUGGAGUGAAACUUAAGAAGGUUCAGGAGCGCCAGUACAACCCUCUGCCCAUCGAGUAUCAGCUCACGCCUUAUGAGAUGCUCAUGGAUGACAUUCGAUCCCGAAGAUACACUUUGCGAAAAGUGAUGGUGAAUGGUGAUAUUCCCCCUCGGCUAAAGAAAAGUGCUCAUGAGAUCAUCCUGGACUUCAUCAGAUCAAGACCUCCUUUAAACCCAGUCUCAGCCAGAAAACUGAAGCCAACUCCACCGCGGCCACGGAGCCUCCAUGAAAGGAUACUGGAAGAGAUCAAAGCAGAAAGAAAGCUGCGGCCCGUCUCCCCAGAGGAGACCAGACGCAGCAGGUUAGCAAUGCGGCCACUUAGCAUGUCUUACAGUUUUGACUUGUCAGAUGUAACUACCCCUGAAUGUCCAAAGAAUGCUGUGGAAUCAUCAAUGGUGAAUGGAGGUGUAACGUCACAAUCAAAAGAAGGUGGGUCGGGUGCCCGGCCGCAGGUGCCUGUGCAGCGGAAGAAGCUCCUCAAAGCUCCCACGCUGGCGGAGCUGGACAGCUCUGACUCCGAGGAGGAAGCCCUGCCCCGGUCGGCCAGCAUCAGCGGCGCGUCUCCCCACUUCCCGGAGGGCCCAUUCCUGGAGGCUGUGUCCAUGAGGAAGGCCCCUCCACAGUUCUUGCCCAUGUCCUCCACGCCCCAGCCAGAGAGACGGCCGCCACCCCAGAGACGACACUCCAUUGAAAAGGAGACGCCUACCACUGUGAGGCAGUUCCUGCCUCCGUCCAGGCAGAGCUCCCGCUCGCUCGUUCCUGGGGUGACCAGAGCGUGGCCAAGGACGCCUUUCCGACCACUUUUCUCUGCCAUACAAACAGCUUCUCUGCUCAGCUCUCAUCCUUUGGAGGCAGCCGUGUUGGGGGUAGCAGGGGCUGUGUAUUAUCUGUGUGAGAGAGCUUUUACCAGCAGGUGGAGAUCCGCAAAGGAGGAGUUCUGCUACCCGGUGGAGUGCCUGGCGCUCACGGUGGAGGAGGUGAUGCACAUUCGUCAAGUCCUGGUGAAGGCAGAGCUGGAAAAGUACCAGCAGUACAGGGACAUCUACACCGCUCUGAAGAAAGGAAAGCUCUGCUUUUGUUGCCGAACCAGGAGGUUCUCCUUCUUCACCUGGUCUCACACCUGCCAGUUCUGCAAGAGGCCCGUGUGCUCGCAGUGCUGCAAAAAGAUGCGGCUGCCCUCCAAGCCAUACUCCACCCUUCCCAUCUUCUCGCUGGGACCUUCAGCCUUGCGAAGAGGGGAAAGUUGUGUGAGGCCAGAGAAGCCCCCUGCUGGCCACCAUCGGCCACUUCAGAGCAUUGCCAGAUUGUCCUCAAAAUCUAAGUCUGUAGACAAAUCAGAUGAAGAACUACAGUUUCCCAAAGAGCUCACAGAGGACUGGAGCGCUAUGGAGGUGUGUGUGGACUGCAGAAAGUUCAUUUCAGAGAUCAUCAGCUCCAGCCGGCACAGCCUGGUGUUGGCCAACAAAAGAGCCCGAUUGAAAAGGAAAACCCAGUCUUUCUAUCUGUCCUCAGCAGGCGCCUCGGAGUACUGCCCGUCCGAGAGGACCAUCAGUGAGAUCUGAGCCGCGCGCCGUUCGGUGGCUGUGUGUUCAGAGGCGAGGUGCGCGCGGGAGGACGCUGAGCUGGCUGUCUCUGCUUGCCGCGGUCUUAGUUAGUGGGCUUGAGUUUGCCUAGGUCAGGUCUUUGCUGCAGGACACCGUUCCGCAGACUGAACGCUGUGUUCAUACUGAGGACAUGCGGCAGGCCAGCCGUUUGCUCGUCUGCGCCGGGGGAGGACAGUAGUUUGAAACUUGCUUUUGUGUGCGUGUUGGUUUGGAGGUCGAAACUUUUUCCUUUGUUCAGUUCUUUACUGUUCCUCAGAUAAUUUUCUGACUGAGGCAGAAAGCUUCUUGUGUGAGAUACCAGUCUAAUACAGGCGUCGACAUCAGCACAGCUCUGAGCAGUAAGUCACAGUGGCAUUUCCACCCUACAGUGUUCCCACCUCGUGUACACAGUGAUCUGGGCCCCGGAGGCUGGGCCCAGCAGCUGUUGCUCACAGCGCGAAACCUGCAAGGGUUUGUGCAUGCCCUCAAACUGAUGUUAAAUUAUUAUUGCUCUGAGAUAAAGACCAUGGGGGGACCUUACGCCUGCACGCCAGUACAGACACCUGAUCGAGCUGCCCCCCGGUGGGUGACCACCACCUCCGCAUGGCCUUGUUUGCCCCAGUGCGGCCGAGCAGUGUCUCCUGAGGUGUUUUUGUUGCUUACCUUGAAUGUAUUAUGGUUACUAGUAGUUUUAUAAUGGAGGACGAAGAAUUAAAGUUUUGUGGAGUUUUGGGGUAAAGGGAGGCUAAAAGUUGGUCCAGAAGCUGAGUUUUUCAGCUGACUGUGGAAAAGGCUGCCCACCGCGGGGAGUGAGCCAGAGCUCCCGUGUUUCCAAGCACGGUUUUCAUAACUUUAUAGUCUCGCCAUCACAACUAACUUAAGCCACAAUUUGGUACCUAAGGUCUCAAGCUGAAAUUUAUUUAUUUUUAUAAAUGAAUUUUAAAAGAAAAACUAUUGUCUAGUUCUUUUAAAAUUACAAGAAAAUUAACCUGCAUGUGAUAGGCUUUUUGGAUGCUUUUUGCACACGUUUCCCUUGAAAGCAACUUGAAUGAGUAGUGUGGGGUUUGAUGCGGGUAGUUUGGAGGGCAGCGUCGUCACCUGUAACUUCCCGGUUCCCUUGGCCCGUUGCGUGGGCGGUCUUGUAUCACUUCAUGUGCUUGGCAGUGAGCAGCCAGUCCAGCUGCCACUCAUGCUGGGACGGCCAGCUCAUGCCCGCGCACGGCAAUGUCCUAAAUCCCCGGGCACAUCUGUGGCCGCAGGACGGCGGCCCUUCUUCAUGCCACACCGAGACAUAGUGACGUUUCUGCAGUAAAUUCACAGUAAUACCUCAAAACUGCUCUGGUAGUGGUUGUAGUGAUUGAGAUUUAUAAAUCAGUAACUGGCUUAAAAUUACUCAUACUGAUAAAAUAAACUUUACCAACUGACUGAAGUACUCCACGUUAACAGUUUGUAUUCGCACAUGGAAGUGGGCCGCAGGGAGCCCUUACCGAUUAUGGAGAUGUUUGCAUUGUUUUCGAGACUCUUCUUUGAGAGCUUUAAACAUUACACUGAGUGACUCUCAUUUAUAAAAUUUUGAGAGGGACGAUUUGAACCCUAGGCCCCAGGUGGUUUGGCAGGAGCCACACGCUUCGAAGGCCCCGGCUGAGCCUCUGAACCAGCUGCCAGGAGGGGAGCGAGGGAAAGGAGCUGGUGUGUGCACACGUGCACAGACCUGGCCCAGAAAGCGGGCCUUUUAAAAUAAUGACUAGCUUACAGUUGUUGUUAAAACACAAGCAACUAAACUCCUGAGUGAGAAUCCGGUCCACAUUCACGAGGCAGUCUUCGCCACCCCUUCCUCGGGUCUGUGAUGUAGGGUAGCCAGUUGAGUGCCAGGAGCACCUCUCACCAGAGCCCUGGAAGGUGAAUCCUUUCAGCAGCGCUGACGGGUUUGCCAAGUGCACUGGGGAGUUUGAGUGGGUGGUAGGUCUCCUUGGGACAGUCUGCAGAAAAUGGAGGAGAAAAGGGCACAGAACACAGCUGCUGUUGUGGACAGCAGGUCAGCAUCACUUUCCGCUGCCAAAACAAAUCCCUGCUCUGGGCCCUCCCUUCUCGGUGGCAUGUCCCCAGCCCCGCAGCCAGAUAAGGCACUUCCCAGAGGGUUGUCGAUGGCAGCUUGUGGAGCGUGCUUACAGUCCUCAGACUCGUGCGGUGAUACCUUCGCAGCGUUCCUUUGUCCUGGUGUCCGCAUGUACUUCUGGUCUGACAGCAACAAAAAUGUCGUUGGCUGGCUGGUCUCGGUGGGAGCCCGGCGCACCCUGAAGUCCCUCCUGCGCGCACCCUGCCCUCCCACCCUCACUCCCUCUCAGCCUGUACCUCACGGACUCACCCUGCCAGGAGAUCCCUGUUUCCUUUCUCACAGCUUAACUUUCUAUCAGUGUCAGAACAGAUGAGAAUGUUUGUAAAUACUGUAAUAUAUUUAUUAAUAUUUGAAAGGCAUUCAUUCAUUCAGUGGACAGUGAGAAUUAACUCUCCCAAGGCAAGUAAAGUUUAAAUCAAGUAACUGAUGUUUACAUCAACUUAGCAGUUUUAUUAGAUUUCAAGUCUUAAUUAAGCCUUUGAAAUAAACCAGAAAGUUGUUAUGUAGGAGUUUUUAAAUGAUCUUAUGUUUCAUGAAAUCCCAUAAACUUGCAAGCUCAUACCAUGUGAUUCGCACCGUGAACUCAUACCAUGAAGUUUUUAAGGCUUUUAUUUUUCUAACUGUGUUAAUAAAUGUAGGACUGGAGUUCAGGUGUCACAGAGGAAGCCUGACAAGUUUCAAUGGUGUUGCUAUUUGUUGAAGCAAGGUAGCAGACAGCUUUGCACAGGAGAACUGUUGAGGGCCUGUUUGUGGGGAAUGUGUGUACUCUGACCUGGUUUCCUGUGUGUACGAAAGGCAAGGUGUUGCUGGCCUCCAGCAUGACGUAACCGUUCUAGACCUUCUCCAUUAGAGUCUUUUAUUUUAAAACCGGGGGGAAAAUAAAUGACUUUCCAUCA